AGACCGACUCGUUUUCACAGGGCGCUCCGCACCGAACCGCAGCGCUCCUCUCUCCUCUUCCUGCGCUCGGCUGGAGGACGCGGAGCUCCGACCCAAAUGGCGGCGCGUUCACCGGCUGGAGGCGAGAUUAGGCCGUACCACAUUAUCGUGUUCGGGGCUUCUGGCUUCACGGGCCGGUUUGUGGUGGAGGAAGUGGCCAGAGCGUGUUCGGCAGGGCCAGGCGGGACGCUAAGAUGGGCCAUAGCCGGGAGAAACCGCGACAGGCUGGAGAAAGUUCUGCUUCAGGCUGCUCAGGCGCUCAGUAAACCAGAGCUGAGGAGUGUGGAGGUCAUUGUGGCAGACGUGGCUCAGCCAGAAUCCUUGGCUAUUAUGUGCAAGCAAGGCAUUGUUGUCCUCAAUUGCGUGGGGCCGUACAGGUUCUAUGGAGAGCCGGUGGUUAAGGCCUGCAUAGAGAAUGGAGCUCACUACAUUGACAUCUGUGGAGAGCCACAGUUUUUGGAAGGAAUGCAGCUCAACUACCACAGCAAAGCCCAAGAGAAGGGAGUAUAUGUCAUUGGGAGCUGUGGCUUUGACUCCGUCCCAGCAGAUAUGGGCAUUCUUUAUAUGAGAGACCAGUUCAAAGGGACUCUUACCGCUGUGGAGAGCUUUUUAACUGUCAGCACAGGACCAGAGGGUGGAUGCGGCCAUGAAGCAACAUGGCAGUCAGCCAUCUUUGGCUUUGCGGACAGCGCCAGUCUCAGAAGCCUAAGGAAGAAGUUUGGUCAUAAACCUCUGCCUGUGGUGGGAGCUACCAUUAAAAAGAGGGGUGCUCUUUUCUACAGUAAAGAGAUACAGCAGUAUUCAAUUCCUUUCAUGGGUUCUGACCCCUCAGUGGUGAGGAGGACCCAGCGCUACCUGCACCAGGAGCAGCAGCAAGCCCCUGUUCAGUAUGCUGCGUACGUUGGUAUUGGUGGGGUGUUCUCUGUGGCGAAGACCCUCUUUGCAGGCCUGAUGUUUUGGUUCAUGACCAAAUUCAGUAUUGGUAGGAGUCUCCUAAUUCAGUUUCCAGAGGUUUUUUCCUUUGGCUUGUUCUCCAAGGCUGGACCAUCAAAGAAGCAGAUGGAAGGAGCCUCUUUUUGCCUUUCUUUCUUUGGAGAAGGUUAUUCAGACGGCCGGGAUCCCUCACAGGGCAAGCCUGAUGCUACCAUCACCACACAGAUAAAAGGCCCAGAGCCGGGUUAUGUUGCCACGCCGAUCACCAUGGUGCAGGCGGCCAUCACUCUGCUCAACGAGCCGCAGUGCCUCCCAGAAACGGGUGGUGUUCACACUCCAGGGUCUGCAUUCGCAAGAACAACCUUGAUUGAGCGUCUCAACAAGCACGGGGUCCAGUUUUGUGUGAUGAAUGCUCAAAGGUCAUAAAUAGAUACUAAGUAGAUACAUAAACAGAUGACCCCCUUCCUAGCUGUGAUGGAUGAGCAGAACAAUUUAAAAGACCUUUAUGUUGUCGAACAAGGGUCAUUUCUGAACUUUUGGGGGAAAUAAGUGACAUUCUCCCUGGGGGGCUCUUGUCAUUUAUAAUACAGGCAGAAUCACUCGAAAGAGGCCCUGAAUAUUCUGUAAUAACUCUCUCUAGGACGAAGCAAUCUGAGCAAAACAACGUGCAGUGUAUGGAGCUUCAAACAAGCCGGGAUGCCCCUGGGUCAGAGCGAUGAGGUAGGCGCCAGACAGCCGUUGCGACGUUUAGCCUCCGUUUGCAACUGCUGGGUGCAUACCCCCAUACCCCUUCAUGUGUCUGGCAGAAAACGGAGAUCACUUCCAGCAUCGCAUGUAAUGCAAUCAAUUAUACAUACGUCAAGUUAUGUAGUGUAUUUUUGUGGUUCAGAUUGAGUUACAACAGAAUAUCCGGGGCCUCUUUCAAGUGAAUCUCCCUGUAAUAUGUGUGCAUGAAUGAUCAAGAAUGAAAGACUUUUUUCAUUUUUAUAUGAGGAGAAAGUUGGGUAAAAGGCACAAACUGAAUAUUUGAACAUGUAUAAAUUAAAUUAUAUAAAAUAAACUAAAUAAAUUCUA